AUGAGUGAAGGGACAAAGACAAGCGGCGGCGGCGGAGCUUCGGUGGCGGCGCUUAUGUCUUCUUCGGACGAUCGCAAAUCUACCUCUGUUAAGAAAGUCACCAUUAAGAGCUCGGAUAUGAAAGAGGACUUGCAGAAAGAAGCCAUCGACAUUGCCAUUGCUGCGUUUGAGGAUUCUAAAGUGGAGAAGGAUGUAGCAGAGCACAUAAAGAAGAUGUUUGACAAAAAAUACGGCCCAACUUGGCAUUGCAUCGUCGGCAAGAACUUCGGUAAAAUCGAACCUCACCAUGUGUUUUGCUUCUCGGUUUUCUUGCAUUUUUGCUUGCAUUGUGUCUCAAGUCCCAGAAAUGUGACUUCUGGGCCAGAAAUCACAUUUCUGGACAAGAAAUCAAUUUUUAGUCCAGAAAUCGAUUUCUGGCCCAGAAAUCACAUUUCUGACUCAGAAAUCGAUUUAUGGGACGUAAAUGUGAAUAAGCACGAAAUCGAUUUCUGGCCCAGAAAUCACAUUUCUGACACAGAAAUGUGA